AUGGGGUUGCUGAGCGCCGCAUUGGCCUGGUCAUGGAGAUCGCUCGUGCCUCCUUCAUCCAUGCGGCGGCUCCCCAUUUUCUGUGGCCGUUUGCGGUCAGGUACGCCGCACAGCAGCUCAACCUCUGGCUCCGUUCCGGAGACUUCGCCCACACUGCGGUGGACGGGGGAGGUUGGAGAUGCGUCGGUGUUCCGAGUCUGGGGUGCCCGUGCUCUUGUUCGCGAUACGUCCGCGGACAAGCUCUCCUCCCGCACCCUUCCCUGUGUCUUCCUCGGCUUUCCGACUGACGCGCCUGGAUGGCAGUUUUACCACCCCGCCUCGCGCACUGUCCUGUCUUCUCAGGACGUCACUUUUGAUGAGUCAGUCCCGUUCUACCGCCUCUUUCCCUACCGCACUGCUCCUCUCCCUCCCCCGCCUCUCUUCCUUGCUCCAGCUGAGCCUGUCGAGGUCACUAGCGUCUCAGGUGCUGCUGGGGGUGGUACUGCUCGAGGUGCUGCGUCUGGAGGUGCUGAGCCACGUCGUGCGGUGCUGGAGGGUGAGGUGCCUGAGGGUGCUGAGCCGGUGCGUGAGGUCCUGGAGGGUGCGGAGCCUGGGGGUGCUGAGCCGACUCUGGGCGCGCUGAGCCUGAGGGUGCUGGACCGAUUACUCGCCGGCCCCUUACACCAGCGGAGCUGCGAGAGUGCUUUGCGGUUCGUCAGCGACUGCGGAGGCGUCCUAGAGUUGGCGGUACUGCAGUUGGUGCUGGAGACACUGGUGCUACCGCAGGCCCUGGAGGUGCUCGUACCGGGGGUACUCGAGCUGCCGGGGCCGGUAGUUCUGGGGGUGCUGCUGGAGGUGCUGCUGGAGCUGCCGGUGGAGCUGGUGGUGCUACUGUUGGUGCUGCUGGGGGUGCUACUGGAGCUGGUGGAGCUGCUGGAUCUGCUGGUGGUGGUUCUGCUGGCUCUGGGGGUGCUGGAGCUACUGGAACUGCUGGAGGUGUUGCAGGAGCUGCCGGUAGAGCUGGGGGUGCUCGAGCUGCUGGAGCUGCUAGAGGUGCUGCUGUUGGCUCUUGGGGGUGCUAAGCGGCCACGGCCAUACUUCGUUCCGCUCCUUGAGCAGGUUCUUGGCCUCCCGCCUUCUCCUGCUCCUCCCCCUUCCUUAGAGUGUCCACCGCCUGUCCUGUCGCCGUCAGAGCUACAGCCCACCUCCCCACUGCCUGCUCCGUCUCCUUACGCUGGUCCGACUGGAGGUCUUACUGAGCGUCGUGAGCCUGCGUCUCGUCCUGCGUCGCCUGUGCGUGUUGCUCGCACUGGUGCUCGUGGUUCGCGUCAGCGUUCUCCUCCUGUCCCCGGUACGCACCGGAUGUCUCUGCGUCCUUCCACUGCUCCGCAGCGUGUCCCUCUGCCGUCUCCUCCUGAGUCCUCUCUUCCUGCCCUUGCUGAUCCAGAGUCUGAUUCCCUUCUUGCCGAGCUUGUAGAAUUUGUUGCUCGUUGUCGUCUAGACUACGCUGCCAGGCUUGUUGCUGAGUCUGAGUCUGUCUGUCCUCCGUCUGUCGGGGGUGAGUGUGCCCUUGGCACGGACGUCCUUGAGGACAGGCAGGAGGAGUUCCAGUGUUUGGCUGCUUCUUCACCCCAUCUCGUGUCCAUGCUGCUUGCCCCUGAGGGAGACCCGGAUGCACUUGACAUCCCGACUCCGCGCUCUUACACAGAGGCAGUUGAGGGUCCCUACUCCUCUCAGUGGAAGGCAGCCAUGGAUGCAGAGAUGGCUUCCUGGAAGUCCACAGGCACCUACGUCGACGAGGUUCCCCCGCCUGGGGCGAACAUCGUCAGUGGCAUGUGGAUCUUCAGGGUGAAGCGGCCGCCGGGCUCUCUGCCUGUCUUCAAGGCGCGUUACGUGGCUCGUGGUUUCAGUAAGCGACAGGGGGUUGACUACUUUCAGACCUUCUCUCCCACCCCAAAGAUGACCACUCUUCGGGUACUACUCCAAGUCGCUGCUCAGCGUGACUAUGAGCUUCACUCCCUUGACUUCAGCACAGCUUUCUUGCAGGGCAGCCUGCACGAGGAGAUCUGGCUGCGCCGCCCACCUGGCUUCACUGGGUCGUUUCCCCCUGGUACCCAGUGGAGCCUCCGGCGGCCAGUCUACGGUCUCCGCCAGGCACCUCGUGACUGGCACAACACACUGAGGACUACACUUGCGACUCUUGGGUUUGCUCCUUCCACUGCUGACGCGUCGGUGUUUCUACGCACCGACACUUCGCUGCCGCCGUUCUACAUUCUCGUGUACGUCGACGACUUGGUCUUUGCUACUGCUGACACUGAGGCACUAACUCUAGUGAAGUCGGAGCUGCAGAAGAGACACACGUGCACAGACCUGGGUGAGCUGCGCAGCUAUCUUGGCUUGCAGAUCACUCGGGACAGAGCACGCCGCACCAUCACUCUGACCCAGUCACACAUGGUGCAGCAGGUCCUUCAGCGCUUCAACUUCCAGUUCUCCUCGCCACAGUCCACUCCUCUGCCUACUGGUCACUCGCUCUCAGCUCUGCCUUCGGAUGAGUCCGUAGAGCCGAGUGGCCCGUAUCCAGAGCUUGUGGGCUACCUCAUGUACCUGAUGACCUGCACUCGCCCUGACCUUGCAUACCCUCUUAGCAUCCUGGCACGCUAUGUUGCGCCCGGGAGACACCUUUUAGAGCACUGGAAGGCAGCUAAGAGGGUGAUGCGUUACUUGUGGAGUACGUCACGCAUGGGGCUCGUGCUUGGAGGACGGGGUCCAGUUGUCCUCACUGGUCACGCAGACGUUUCUUGGGUUGACGACUUGUCUACGCAGCGGUCGUCACAGGGUUACACCUUCAGCCUUGGCUCCGGUUCUGUCUCUUGGCGGUCUACCCGCUCUUCUUCUGUUCUCAGCUCCAGUUGUGAGGCUGAGAUCUACGCAGGGGCCAUGGCUGCAUAG